AUUCUAAUUCUAAAUUCGUGAUGAUUCCUACCAGUCAGUGGUGAGGCUUCAUCGGUCUUUUGCUCUACACAACAAAGGAAAACCCGCCUUCGCGUCAACACGGACUUCAGGGUGAAACUUUUCCACGAGCGUCCUCCGGUUUGCUUGUUGUCCAGAAAAGCUGAAAGACUUGCGCAGCCCAGCCAGGAGACGCCAAAUUGUCGUGGAAAUUAGAAAACACUCACUGACUCGUCCUCUGAAGAAACAUGGCCACCCCUCCAUCCUACACUGAUCUCGGCAAAGCAGCAAAGGACGUUUUUAAUAAGGGAUAUGGGUUUGGGCUGGUGAAGCUCGAUCUGAAGACCAAGUCAGCCAAUGGAGUGGAGUUUAAGACGUGCGGCUCGUCCAACAUCGACUCGGGAAAAGUGAGCGCAAAUCUGGAGACCAAGUACAAAUGGGAUGAGUACGGAGUGACCUUCACUGAGAAGUGGAGCACAGACAACACACUCGGUACUGAGAUCAGUGUGGAGGACCAGCUCACUAAAGGACUGAAGGUGACCUUUGACACAUCAUUCUCUCCAAACACAGGGAAGAAGAGUGGGAAAGUGCAGGCGGCGUAUAAGUGUGAGUACGUGAACAUGGGCUGUGACGUGGAUUUUGAUUUCUCCGGCCCGCUGGUUCACGCCGCCGGCGUUAUCGGAUACGACUCCUGGCUCGCUGGCUUUCAGACGACCUUCGACCCCGCCAAGUCCAAAACCACCCACAACAACCUGGCCAUCGGCUACCGGGCGCGAGACUUCCAGCUGCACACACAUGUGAACGACGGCUCUGAGUUCGGAGGUUCUGUGUAUCAGAAGCUGAAUGAUAAUCUGGAGACGGCGGUGAAUCUGGCCUGGGCGGCCGGGAGCAACAACACACGCUUCGGCAUCGCCGCCAAAUACACACUCGACUCCAACGCCUCCGUUAAUGUUAAGGUGAAUAACUCCAGUCUGGUUGGAGUGGGCUACACACAGACCCUCAGACCAGGAGUGAAGCUGACUCUCUCUGCACUGGUCGAUGGGAAGAGCAUCAACGCCGGAGGUCAUAAAUUCGGCCUGGGUUUCGAACUUGAGGCUUAAACAUCCUGUUCCUCCAUCUGCGUGUUUGUGUUCUAUGCAGAAGCAGAACAUUCCAUCUCUCUCUCUCACACUCACACACACACUCUUCGUCAUUCCUCUGAGUCUCAGCACUUUAGUUAUUCCUCUAUAUUUAUUUAUUUCCUUCACCAUCUGUCUCUCUCACACACACACACACACACACACACACACACACGCGCGCUGCUGGGCCUGGGUUCAUCUAUACGUAAGAUUUUUUUCCCCCUGAAUGUAAUAUAUUUGUCCAUUAGCGUUCCUGUAAUACGCCCGUGUGUUAGUGUUGACUGAACCCCCGCUACUCCACGAACGAUGUCGUUCUCUGCCUUCAUGUGCUCCUCAGAUGUUCCAAAUUAUGAACCCUGAAAUUAUGAAAGCAUUUGCUUUAAAGCGCACGGCUGGUUAGCUAGCCUGACCGUGGUAUUUAUGAUUAGCUUGGUGUUAACACAUUGCAGUGAUAAAGGAACUUAGCGUUACUGUAUCCUUACAGAACGAAUAGAGCGUGCAACACUAACGGGACAAACACUAAAUUGCGCUGCAGUAGUAGCGGGUGCUGAAGUGCUGUUACAGUCAACGCUAAGCUCUUGUGAGUGAAUAUAGAGUUACUGUAUAAUUCACAUUAAAGCUGGUAUUCUGCUA